AUGCUGUCACAGUCGGCACAGAAAUCGGCGGGUAUCCAGACCCUCCUCGACGCCGAGCGAGAGGCAUCCAAGAUCGUGCAGAAAGCCCGAGAGUUUCGAACGAGGCGCGUCAAGGAGGCCCGCGAUGAUGCAAAGAAGGAAAUAGCCGAGUACAAAGCUUCCAAGGACCAAGAGUUCAAGAAGUUCGAGGCAGAGGUGAAUCUUGUCCUUCUCCCUGCCUUCUUCCCCCACACGCAUGACGAUCGGCGGCGUCGUGCUGACGAGAAACGCGGGACACAGCACAGCCAAGGCAACAAGGCCGCCGAGGACGAGGCUUCCAAGGAGGCCGAGAAGCAGAUCAAGGUCAUCAAGGAAGCGGGCCAGAAGUCGCAAGGCCAGGUUGUCAAGAACUUGCUCGGCGCCGUCUUUGACGUCACACCCACGGCGCCGGAGAUCUCGUGA